AAAUGCUUCGAAUUGUAGCCAUGGCAGGGAUUGGAUUUCCUUCACACAGAGUUUGAAAGCUGCUCAAUGAUCCGUUAGCAGUUACUGCUACACCUGAGAGCUGCCGCUGACUCCGCCUCGGGCGCCAACCCCUUUAGUACAGCUGAUUGGUGUUCUCGAUCACACUGUACAACCCUACUCCAAUUGGAAAGCUCCUCAUCUUGCAACAAGUGCACCAGAGACGCGAGGAGCGCAGUCACCGGAGAUUUUUGGAAGUUUGUCAGUACAACUGUUUAAAUGGCGAAUGCUGGGCUUGAAAUCUUGGGGGUCGCCCUGGGAGUGUUGGGGUGGCUGGGAGCCGUCUUAACCUGUGCCUUACCCAUGUGGAGAGUGACCGCUUUCAUUGGGAACAACAUCGUGGUGGCGCAGAUUAUUUGGGAAGGUCUUUGGAUGAAUUGCAUUGUUCAGAGCACUGGGCAGAUGCAAUGUAAGGUGUACGAUUCCCUGCUAGCCCUCUCCCAAGAUCUCCAGGCUUCCAGAGCUCUGACCGUCAUUGCUAUCGUGGUGGGAGUCCUGGGCAUCCUCGUCUCCAUCGUGGGAGCCAAGUGUACUAAUUGUGUGGAAGACGAAGCGACCAAAGCCAAGAUUAUGAUCGUAGCCGGAAUUACUUUCAUCCUGGCUGGGUUGAUGACCCUGAUCCCAGUGUCUUGGUCAGCGAACACCAUCAUCAGGGAUUUCUACAACCCGCUGGUGACGGACGCCCAGAGGAGAGAACUUGGAGCUUCCUUGUACAUCGGUUGGGGAACCUCGGGUCUGCUGAUCCUCGGAGGGGCUCUGCUCUGCUGUUCCUGCCCUCCCAAAGACGAGAAGUACGUGCCUUCCAGAAUGGCUUACUCGGCCGCCAGGUCCACAGGUCCGACUGGGUACGAUAGAAAGGACUAUGUGUGACGGGGCAUCGGCCAGAUCGCCCUCCAGGGUCUCAGCAGCUUCCCUAAACCCUUAAGGAGUCAUCGCUUUGUGGUGAAUCCUAUCUCCGAUUUUAUUGUCUUUUUAAAAAAAAAAUCAGAUUGUUUUCUUUCAACUUUAAAUUACUUGUUAAACUCAAGAGAUAAUGUCGUGGAUGUGUGUGCGUGUAUAUAGAUAUAACGGUCUGGUACAUUUCACCAGUUAGCAGAAUAGGGUUUGAUGGUGAACUACAUUUGUCUUGAUUCUCUCGUGAGUUUCUCUUUCGUGUUCAUGUGACGCCGCCUCUGGCCUCGUGAAUCCGGGACCAUGUCAAAAACCCGGGCUAUAUGAUUGACAUGGGGCGGCACCAAUUAAAAAGUAACAUUGCUGGAAAUAUGCAGCACCAACAGGUCAACAUGGGAAAAAGGCAAGCACCCGUGAAAAGUCGCCAGUGCAACGCUCUGCUAUGCAUUACCGGAGUGUGCAGUUUUUUCUUUAUUAAUGAGUAACAGGAGGAAAUGAUGGGGGAGGGUUGUACUUGGGGGCCGGGGGGGAAGCAGGAAUCAUUUCAGUAGAAGUAUAUUCACGCUUGUAAAAUGCAUGUUAAUGAAUAAAGUUAACAGAAACUCA